UACUAUGUAGUUUGUAGUUUAUUUGAAGUAUACCUGAGGUUUACUAAGAAGUACAAGUAAAUACCCAGCAUGCAUUGCAGUGCUUUAACUGUGAAAUUAAAACAACAAUGAAACAAAUGAUUGAUGUUUUAAAACAAGAAUCUGUCAAAAAUUCUUGUGUAAUGUCUUUUACCUUUUGAAUAGAGUAAGUGGGGUAAAUCAUUAAUUUAAAAAAGGAAAUUGUUCAAACCGUGAGUGAAAAGGGUCAAUAGAUAAUAAACCUCAACUCUCAAAACACUUUCUCACCUGUUCACAAUAUAAUUCUGGUACUUGAACUGUGGGUGCAGGUCUCUACAAAUGAAGCCUUCUGACAGUUAGAACUGUUAUCUUACUGUCUGGGGAAUGAAAAGAUUUGUUACAUGUGAAAAAUAAGUUUCAAUUGCAUUUUAAUUACUGUUUUUCAAUCAGGGAUGGAAAUUGAAGAGGAACUCACAAGCCUCCUGCCGACACUAGACAGAGAGAAAAUAAUCUGCAUUGUAGAACAUCUGACGGACGUUAUUGGUGUACAACAAAAAAGUGAUCUUUUGUUUGUGGAGGUGGAAGAUCUCAAACCCUUUCUCACACCAAUUCAAAUACGUAAACUACUUCUUGCAUUUAAAGGAGAUGGCAACAGACCAGAGAACCUGAAUGACACCAUUACUCUGGAGCUUUGCCCUGCUGCAUCAGCUGAAACAUCAAGCCAUCCACCUCACCCCUCCUCCUCCACGUCCACCACUAUGUACAACCAUUACUCCAGCUCUUGGGUCUCACACUUACAGAUUCCUUGGGAAAGAUUUCCACUCCGACUGCCGCAAGAGGAGACAGAGCUCAUCCAGAGGACAGGAGAAGUAUGGUUAGAAUUGUUGUGGAGGCCAUGCAAGUUCACUGCAGGAACCCUAAACGUGCAUCUUGUGAAGAGGUUGCUAAGAUCAUUGUAAACAGAUACCCUCAAACAUUUGCAGAUUUUACUGAAAAGGGAGAAAGACUGGGUUGUGGACAUUAUUCACUACUAAGAAGCAUCAAAUCUAGAGUUGAACAUGUUAAUCGAGAUAAUACAACACAUAGACUUCGUCAAACAAAGAGAACCAGGAAUGAGGAAGACUGCAGUCCCAACAGUAAUGUAACCUCACCUAAAAAAGUUAGAUGCCUUGUUGAUAGCUAUGGUUGUAUUAAUUGGCAACCAGUUGAACUUCCUGAGGGGGAAACGCCAGCUUCUUUAGAGGAAAAGAAACACAUCUUGUUAACAAUUUUUAAUUCAGAAGGACCUGGAGCUGUGGAGAGACCUGAUGUGGAUGAUUUCAUGUGCCUCACAUAUAUUUCUCAGCGCCAGCUUAUCAACAGUUGUCGCUCACUUUCAGUAGCUGAAAUUCAGGAGCAGUGGCCAUUCUUGUUUACUCGGAAAGGUCUUUCGAACCACUUUUACAAACUCACAGGUAUUGAUAUCAGUGAGUGCUUAAGUCAGGCCCUCAUAACCAAAGGCAGAAGGAUUAUUAACUAUUUCUCCAGCCAGAAGCUCAAAUGGAACCUUGGUAUAAGGACACUUCUUCAGCAGAUAGAAAGUGAGGGAGUUUUGACCAACAACAAGGUUGGCACAGCAGCCAUACUUCUCAUGAUGAAGUAUUACAAGGAAGAUGAAGACUCCCUCUUUGUCUUAGCAGAUGAAACAUCUACCAGGAUGUCCCUUGAAGCAGAGAGCAACCUGCCAAUCACCCCGAGGCUGAUUAUGCUUGGACAAAGUUCAAUGACCGCCACCUGCUGGAUGGUGAGUGCAGAGGGACGUGUAAUUGUUGAGCUGGACGAAGAGAACACCUUUGCUGAUGCGAUGUCUUCUUUGGUUCAUUCUAUGUAUUGAACCUGGAAUACCAGGAGUCAGCGUGUGCAACACUGGAACUAAUUCAGAGGUAUGUUUGAACAGUUAGCUAAUAGUGAUAGAUGAUGAAUAAAUUAUCCCUAAGUAGGUCAUUGUUUCACAUCACAACUCAAUGUUACUGUAUGUUACUAUUUAUUGUGGCAUGCUUUAAGGUUUUUUGUAAGGAUAAACCAUGAAGAGGGAACAAAAUGUACCUCCAAGGUUGGGACAAGCAGAAAGACUGGGACCACUGUGAAGCGAAAGGUUGUUCACAUUAACCUUCAUAUCACAACUUUCCUCCAGCGGCUUAUUGAAUUUGAGUGGAAAACUUCAAAUUAGGUAACUGUUGUUGCCAUUUAUAGUGAAUUUCUUGUAUAAUUUAAGUGACCAAUGUGUUGUUACCUGUGUCUCCACAGAUGAUCUGUGGCCCAUGCUUUCUGGACAUUUACACAAGACGAACAACAAUGAAGACAAGCUCUCUUGCCAUCUUACAAGACGCUGUCUCUGUCCAAUAGGUUUUUUGAGUGCAACAGUUUUGAUUUUUUUUUCCUUCUUUUACCCGUUU